AUGGAACCAACCCAGGGCUGUACUGAACGCCACGAAUGGUGGCGUGAGGUCAUUACAGAGAUGAACAUAUCCGCCGCCGCUCCCAUCAUACGCCAGAGCCGAAACGGAUCCGGAGCCGGUCUUCCUAUCGAUACCCGUCACUUCCACGAAGCAGAUCUCAACUACUACCUCAGUAUCAGAGUAGUGACCCGACAAGAUCGCCCGGCUGCUACUUUUGCAAGUACCCAGGCUCUGGCUAACGGACACAGUCACAACAAUUUCGGGGAUUGCUUCAUCUCGGGUUUCCUGGAAGGAGGGCAGCUCGAUGCUCUCAUUUCCGUACGGUUGAAGGAUAAGAAGAGGAUCUCGGAAGUCUCAGAUUGUCUCUCCGCCUCCUUCGAGAUCAGUAGCGGCAAGUUCAAGCCGCUCACAGGUACCAUCGACACGGCGAUGCGCACAGCGAUGGAGCUCUCCCAGAUCACCGUGGAGGCUUCAAAUGUCGGCGGAGGCACCAUCACGCUCGAUGAUCAGCAGUCCAGUCUACAAUCGCUCCGAGAUGAGGCAAGCAAUUUUCCCACGCUGGCCGCUGAUCAGCCAGAGAGAAUCUUCGCCACUCUCACAAAAUACGACAGUCUCAGUGGUUCGCAAGCCCUGAGACCUGCGCUCAACUACGACCACACUGCUUUCUAUGCGAACGUGUUGCUGGAUGCUUUCAUAGAAUUCAAGAACAUCGAGCGGAGGCUUUCGACACAGACCACACAGAUCAAGUCUGGGGUCAUGCAGUUCCUCAAGGACGAACCACUCUCCGCGGAUCGCAAGCGGAGGUUUGAUGCCUCGUGGAAAGGAAUCGCCAAAGCCAAAAGGGAGUGCACGAACCAGCUGCUCAAGAUCCUGAAAGAAGUGGAUGAGAUCCGCAAGAACCCAGCCAUUGCUACAGACGACACGCGCGAUGACCAAGUGGAGGACCCCCUGGUGUUCAGCGAGUAUCUGCCGAGGGUCGUGCCUACAGCUGAGGCAGCACCGGAAGACUACCCACAUGACACACGAGCAAAGCUUUACUCUGGCAUCGAAGAAGACUUGUCCCAGAACGAGCGCGCAAAGGUGAAAGAGCUUAGCGUGGAGCAUCCCGACAUCGCAAAGCAGUUUCGCAUGGCUGUUCCGUGUGGCGCUGUAGACAGCGCCGGACAUCCGUUUUGCAGUCUGGACUACCUCAAGCCCGACUGGGCACUCACCGAAACAACUGUGCACAUGAGGGGAGGCGUGGUUUCUGCCCUCAGUCUCAGAUACGCAAACGGUGUCGUAACCGUGUUUGGGACCCUCUCCCUGAGUGACAAAAUCUUCAAGCUGAAGCUGAACCUGGGUACCAAUGAACACAUUGUGGGAUGCUCCAUCGAAACCGGUCGGCCUGGCCCCGAGGUAGCAAUUUGCAUCACUGCUGUACGCCUCUCAACCAAUCGAGGUUCUACCCUUGUUGCGCAGCCAGCUGGCUGGAAGGAACCAACCAACGGGAAGUCUCGUCGCGACGGCGUUGAAUUUGAAAGUCUGAAGAUGGCCCAUUAUGACCCCUUGAUGGAAAGCGGAUAUAUCCAGGGCUUCUGGGGACUGGCUUCACUGGAUCCAACGUCGGGACGGGGCAUUUACCGACUUGCACCCAUCUGGAGCAAUGCGGCGGCACCGACCACUGUGAACAUCACCAACAUGGGCGACACCGUCGGAACAGAGGCUGAGUCUGAGGCACCACCAGGCGGAGUCUGGGACAUGUACAAGAUUCACGACGCGAGCACUCCAGUGCCACGCACGUCAGCGAUAUUGUCGUACAAUAACACGUGCCCUGACAGGCCGCUUCCGGUAAUUCUGACUGGCUUUCAGAAGAUGGAUACCUGGAACUGCGCAAAUAUGCACUUCUCCACAUCCGUGGACUGCAUGACAAACGACAAGUUUAGUAUCGGUGUGGACCAAUGGUCAGAUUCUGUCCUCUAUGAUGCUGAAGUCACAUGGAUCGGCGUUCGUCCGGAUUGCCCCGGAAUCCAAGGUGGUCAGAUUGAGGCCCACGGUUCGAUUUCCAGGGAAAUCAAGUUUUCGAAGUCUUUCCCGAAGUCUCCAAAAAUACUGAUAUGGAUAUCUGGGCUUGAUCUCCCGAUCAGCAAUGGCAAGCGCGUUGACGUGUCAGCCACGGAGAUCAAGCAGGACGUUUUCAGGAUCAAUGUUGGCUCCACGAGUUCGGCGCUUACUCAAGCGUCCAUUUCAUGGAUUGCAAUGAGCCCAGACUCAGCCUGCGCGAUGGGCAGUUAUGCCUACUCUCGCGACUCGAAGGAGCAGGACCAUGGCAAAGAGGGUUGGUGCAGCUUUCCAAAAGGCAAGUUCUCAAAACCUCCCAAACUUCUCGUCGGAUUCAGUUCCUUCGACAUCAGUGGAUCGUCAAGGAACUACUACUUUGGUACUUCCAUCUGGGAUGUGACAAAGGAGGCGUUCUCAUGGAAAAUAUACGCAUUGGAUGGAAGUGCCAUUUCUGCCGCAACUGUCCAAUGGAUUGCGAUUCCUACAUGA